AUGGCCUUUGCAGAGAGGUGGAAUCCAGAGACUUCGUCAUUCCAUCUUUCUCGUGGCGAGGUUACCAUCACUCUUGACGACGUUGCAUGCCUCCUGCGUAUAACUAUUAGGGGUACCCUUCUAGGUCACAGUAGGCUGACGGAGGAGGAAGUGAGUGAGUUAUUGAUUAAGGAGCUCGGGGCUAAUCCAGAGGACGCACUUGAGGAGGUGGAGAGGUUCCGCGGGGCGCAUGUGAGGUUUCACUUCUUAGCGCGACAUUACAUGGUCGAGCUCACUGCGGUACUGCAGGCUGCUGGUGACCCAUUAGAGGUGGAGAUACAAAGGGAGCGGGUGCCGAGAUGUUACUUCCUAUUUUUGUUAGGCACUCAACUGUUUAUGGUCACGAGCUCGUCGUACACACACGACGUUUACCUUAUGUAUUUAUUGGAUACCGCACAUGUCCAUGAAUACAACUAG